CACAUUAAAGAUUCGUUCAAAAUGAGCGAAUCGUUCAAGAACGACCCAUCACUACAGUCAGGAGUGUGUGUGUGGAAAGCAGAUCAGUAGUCAGGAGUGUGUGUUUAGCGCAGGUGAGCUGUCAGAAGUGUGUGUGGAAAGCAGAUGAUAAUGUGGGGGUUAGUUUGUGGUCGCUUAUUAUCAGGAUUGUUCCAGAAACAAAUCAUUUCUCCUCGCGCAUUAAAUAAGACUUGUAGCCUCCACGGUCCUGUGAGAUGGAUGGCAACAUGUAGACCAGCUCCGUUAUUAAGAGCCACACCUUGUCGUGCGUUAAUUGAUGAGCUGAUCGCUCUGAAGGCAUAUCAUCUGCCACGAAACUCCCCCGUGACCAUGAGAGCUCGGAUGACGUGUGAGGACGGACAUUUGUGGCAGUCUGUCUCUCACUAUCACACGGAUGAGGAUGGAGUUGUAGACCUGACAAAACACCCCUCUGUCGGUGGUUCAUAUGUCGGCUGUGAACCAAUGGGUCUGUUUUGGAGUCUUCAGCCUGCACCUGGUGGAAAACAAGGUCUGAGGUUGAGAAAGAAACAUGUGGAGACUCCAUACACAGUGGAUGUGUCCGUGCUGGAAGGCCACAUUUCUCCUCUUAAUUCCUCCAGAGAUGAGCAGAUUAGCAGAGAGCAUGAGCUGGCUACUGUCUCACUUCAGCGCUGGUACAUGGUGCCGGGCGUGAGGAAGAUCGAAAUACGACAAAACCGAGUGGUGGGGACUCUAUUCCUCCCUCCAGGGCCGGGUCCGUUUCCUGCAGUUUUAGAUCUGUGGGGUUUGGCUCGAGGCCUGGUGGAGUAUCGGGCUGCUCUGUUCGCCUCACACGGUCUGGCCUGCAUGACUUUAGCCUACUUCGGUCAUAAAGAUCUUCCUGGACCCCCAAAACGCAUCAGUGUGGGAGACUCCUACUUCAAGGCAGCAUGGCAGGUUCUGUGUGAUCACCCGCAGGUGUGUGAGGACCGGAUUGCCAUCAUUGGGAUUUCAUUUGGGGUCUUUGUAGCUCUACGAAUCGCCACGUCCCUUUCAGUUAACCCGAGGUGUGUGGUUUGCAUCAAUGGACCGUUCUGCAACGUCAACAAGUUAUUUGGUGAAGAUGGAGAGAAUACUGAUGAAGAGCAAAAACACUGGAACAGUAAUGAUCAAGGCUACGUGAGUUUCAAGGACUUCUCUUUACCAUGUAAUGUUCCACCUGAAAACUUUAUUCAGAUCGAGAAGGUGCGCUGCCCUCUGCUGUUCAUCAUUGGAGAGGAUGAUUUAUGCUGUCCAUCUAUAGAGAACGCAGAUGAGAUUGAAAGACGACUGCGCACUGCAGAUAAAUCUCAGCUGUUUACUCGAGUGUCGUACCCUGGAGCUGGUCACCUGAUUGAGCCACCGUACGCACCCACUUGCCACACCUCCGUCUGGGCCAGUCAACCCACUCAAUCUAUGAUUCAGUGGGGAGGAAACCUGAAGCAACACGCAGCCGCUCAGAAGGACUCAUGGCCACGCAUCCUGACGUUUCUGGAAAGAAACUUAAGAGGGGAGGACACAGCUUAGUUUUGAACACACCCUUUCGCCUGUCUCUUGGUUGUGUCCUAUUGCUCAUCUCAAGAGUCAGUCCUUUACAUUAUCAGCUGGAGUGAAAUACAUUAGAAGAUCAUAAGAUAAGGAUAGUGUCGACAUCAAGUCGUAGACAUCUUGAGCACUUACCCAAAAGGCACUCUGGAUAAGAGCAUCUGCCAAAUGCCGAACAUGUCCUUAGAUCAGAGGUAGUUUAUGCAUUAGCAAGAUUAUUUUUAAUGUAGUUAGGAUGCUGUUGAUUAAGGGAGUCAUGAUCCUGUUUGUAGUCAUCCUCUUUGUAAUUCAAUCCUCUUUUGGAUUCAUGUCCUCCAUGUAUCCACCAUCACUAUUAGCCGUUUUAAUUCUAUCCAUGUUUAAGCUUUACCAUUUGUUGUUCUUCUUUCGGCUGCUCCCAUUAGGGGUUACCACAGCAGAUCAUUGGUCCACAACCCUCCCAAAUUUUGUCCGGGCUUGGGACCGGCACUGGGAGUGCACUCUCAUGCGCAACCCCAUUGGUUGGGGUCAUGGGUUGGGUUGGGUUGGGUUGGGUCGGGUUCCUUGGCCAGGAAUCGAACCUGGGCCGCGGCAGUGAGAGCGCCAGGGCCUAACCACUAGUCCUCCAGACACCCUAAGCUUUACCAUUUAUACCACCAACAAAUCAGUCUUUCUUCACAUCAAGGACUGAUGUAAGAAAUUAGCGUUGCCAGAUUAGUGUGAUUGUUUCCAAUCCAACUUCUUGACUAUACACCAUCUCCAACUGGCCCAAUUAUAUCUAAAUUAAUAUCUUCCACAAGGUGGAGCCUUUCACAAGAUUUGUUUCAAGAUGAGUGUUUAUUAAAAAUAUUACAACUUGAGACAUGAUCUGACAUGAUAUGACAGCUACCAUCCAGAGAAGGUAAAGGCUAACAUGUGCUUUUUCAGAGACUACGUCAAGCCAGCCAAACACAUCUUUUCGAACUGCUGUCUUCUGUUGCACCAGUUGGGCGACCCCAUGUUGGCUCAGGCUUAAUACAUGAAAUAACCAUACACAUCAAAACCAAGCGAACGAUUCAUGCAAUAAAUAUCUGAACUUCUCAGAAAGCACAGUUUAUAAUGGUGUUUAUUUUUAUAGAGUCGAUUAUUUUAAUGACUGUGCUCCAAAAUGAACAGAUCGUGGCAUGCUGAUGUCACCAUGGCAAUGAGAGGAAUGAACUCAUGGAAGUCUAUCUCUCGGUCUCCGUUCUGAUCCAGAUCAGAAAAUAGCAAGUCAAGGGUAUCCUUGUCCUGAAUUUUCUGUGGAAGCAAGAAAUAAGCACAGUCAUCAUCAUGAUCAUGAUGCAUUGUUGUUAUCAUUAUCAUUUGGCAUUAUCAUUUUUAUAAUUUACUGUAAAAAGUGACAAACUAUUUAGUUGUCUGUACUGUAUUUUUUAUAAAUCCUAGACUAAAGUCAAAAUUA